AUGAAAAGACGCGACGCUACUGAUGAAAUGAAGGCAUAUCAUGAUGACGAGGCCAUCAGUGUGUUUAACAAGUGGAAAAUAGGUGAAAUCGACUACUACUGGGAAAAUCUACUUCCACCAAUCCAAGGAGCCAUUUAUAAUGGUCGUAAGGGGAUUGGGUAUCCUCCCAAUGGGGUAGAAAUCCAACCGGUGAUACCUCAAAAUGAAUUGAUCAAUGUUAAGAAACACUUGAGCAAAAAACACGACGAUCGUACAACUAUCGUUGAUCCCAAACUCAUUGCCGAAGAAUAUGAUAACGAUUUAACAAAACAUGAUUUGGAAGAGUUCCCCACGUUAGAUUAUGCUACUCAACAGAAACUUCGAGAUGAAUAUAAUUUACUUCAUGAUGAAAUUAUAGAUCGAGGCUUUUAUCAAUGUGAUUAUUGGAAUUAUAUUCGAGAAUUGGCAAAGAUUCUGGCCCUUUUCUUAUAUUCAUUUUCAUUUUUGAAAACUAAUCAUUUGUUUUGGAGUGCUAUUUUCAUGGGUAUGGCAUGGCAACAAAUGACUUUUAUAGCUCAUGAUGCUGGCCAUAUAUCUAUUACCCAUAAUUAUCAACUUGAUAAUAUCUUUGGAAUUGUUAUUGCUAAUUGGGUUGGUGGUCUUAGUUUGGGUUGGUGGAAACGGAACCAUAACGUGCACCACAUUAUCACCAAUGAUCCAGUACAUGAUCCAGAUAUUCAACAUUUACCAUUUUUUGCUGUUAGUACUCGAUUAUUUGGUAAUGUGUAUUCAACAUAUUACGACAAAUUCUUAUGGUUUGAUGCCUUAGCUCAAAGGUUAAUUCCUAUUCAAAAUUAUAUGUAUUAUCCUUUACUAUGUUUUGGAAGGUUCAAUUUAUAUCGAUUAGGUUGGACCUAUUUAUUGGCUGGAGAAGGUCCUAGAAAGGGUAAAGCUGCUUGGUUUAGAUACUUUGAGAUUGCUGGCUUAUCUUUCUUCUUUUAUUGGUUUUUCUGGUUAUUGGUGUAUAAAAGUCUUGAUGACUGGAGUUCAAGAAUUCAAUUUGUCAUGGUUAGUCACAUUGCCACGAUGAUAGUGCAUGUGCAAAUUACGUUAUCACAUUUUGCCAUGUCAACUGCAGAUUUAGGAGUUAGUGAAAGUUUCCCUCAAAGACAAAUAAGAACCACAAUGGAUGUUGAUUGUCCUGAAUGGUUAGACUUUCUCCAUGGAGGUUUACAAUUCCAAGCUAUUCAUCAUUUAUUCCCCAGAUUACCUCGGCAUAAUUUCCGGAGAGCUCAACCAUACGUAAUAGACUUUUGUCGUCGUAUGGGAUUGCAAUAUUCAAUCUAUGGCUUUGGUAAAGGGAAUAAGAUUGUAAUUGGGAAAUUAGAAGAAAUAGCCAAACAAUGUUCAAUUAUGCUUGAAGCUACAAAGAAGCUAAAGGAUCAUGAUUCAUGA